AUGGUUAGUGGUAUGAAUAAUGCUGGUACUAAUUACCAUAAUACUUGUGCAGUCGCUUGUCCUGGAUUUGGUUAUGGUGUUUAUUUUAGUAAUAAUAAUACUCAUGCUUUUCCUUCUGCUAGUACCACAACUUGUAGUAGUAUUACUACUGAUCCUACUAGUUGUCGUUAUAGUAGUCUGGGCACCGGCGAUACUAUUGGUGAUGCUGAUCCUUGUGAUGCUCCUAAUAAUAAUUAUUAUUGCUGUUGCAAAUGA